UUUUAUUCACGCUUUUUCCCCAGAUUUGCUACCGUUUUUAUUACCAAUCUUCUAAUAAAAUAACCACAAAAUGACGACACUCCGGCCUUUUACCUGUAACGAUAUGUUCAAAUUCAACAAAGUAAAUCUGGAUCCGCUGACAGAGACUUACUGUCUGUCAUUUUACAUGCAGUAUUUGGCCCACUGGCCGGAGUACUUUCAAGUGGCCGAAUCACCGACUGGGGAAAUCAUGGGCUACAUCAUGGGUAAAGCUGCUGGCCAAGGCGAAAACUGGCACGGCCACGUGACGGCGCUGACGGUAUCCCCCGAUUAUCGCCGCUUGGGACUGGCUGCAACGCUAAUGAACUUCCUGGAGGACGUAUCGGAAAAGAAACGCUGCUACUUUGUGGAUUUGUUUGUACGUGUCAGCAAUAAGGUGGCAAUCGAUAUGUACACCAAACUCGGUUACAUUGUGUAUCGAACCGUGUUGGAGUAUUACGUCGGGGACCCUGACGAAGAUGCAUACGAUAUGCGGAAAGCAUGCUCGCGAGACGUACAGCGGAAAUCGGUGAUUCCAUUGACGCAUCCGGUUCGACCAGACGAGGUGGACUGAUAGAGAACUAGUAUUAAGUAGCCAUUCAAUUUGUCCAAAAUAAA